GGCACUCGUUAUGGAGCUAUUUUACACGGCCAGACUURUUGYACUUGCUACUCUUUGUAUUUGUAACGUAAAGUCGUACAAAGCGAAAAUCUGCGAGAAGAAAUGCAUCUCUGAAUGUUCCGAAAAGUUCAAAAAUGUUUGGAAAUAUUCUGGUGAAAACGAGGUUCUCAGAGACGUGUACUGUAGAGCGUACGAGACAAUCGGGAGAUGCUUCAUUAGUACCACGGUUUACAGACUGUGUUUUGGUAAGUUACUGGACAUAACUAGAAUGCUGGUAUCAGAGCGCAUGCUUAUGGACAAAAGGACUGGGGUGUGUCCCAAGCACAGCAUGGACAAUUUGAAAAAACUUGUAGAAGCACAUUUGGGCGACGAAAUGACAAGCAAGCACCUGAAGAAAAUUGAUUCAGAUAAAAUCGAACCAUGUGCUGUUAAAAUCAACCAUGAAUGCGCGAACUACAUUGCAAGAAACAUGAUUCACAACUUCAAGAAAAAGAAAUCAUGUGUGGCGUCUUCAGUGCAAAAGAUUUACGACUGCUAUGAAUCCAAAGUUAAUGAAGACUGUGACGCUGAGCUCUAUCGUGAUUACCUCAACACAAUCGAAAAAUAUGGGAGAUUGACAUCAUACAUGCAGUCAGACCAACAUAUGUUGAAAGAUUGUGAUGGAUCGGAGUGGCUUGAUGAGUAAAGCAUAGAUACAUUAGACAGUAGUAUACUGACUGUAUGGUAGCGAAGAGAUAAAAGUGGUGCAAUUAUAAUCAACUGAUUGCACCCGGGGGAGGACUCCAGGGUGAAAGUACUGGGGACGUUUUUGGAACCAAUGUUUAUGUACCCUUGUGUGCAAAACUCCAAAUAAAAACUUGUUGUUGUUGUUGUUG